CCAGAUUCUCCACAGCCCACUGUGAAUCAGACCAAUCGGUGCUUCCCUUCACUCCUUCAGCUCUCACCUCUCACCGACUCUGCGACUCACCGUGCCUACUCUACUAUCUCGGUCGACUCACCUUCACAACGAUACCCUUCAACUCUCGACCUCUCACGGACAGACGGACUCACGGUGCCAUCACUACAGCCCUUGGCCCCUUGCUGCCCUGCAAACUGCUCACCUCCAGCUGAGCUCCAAGGCUGCUACUGGGUCGGCUCAACCAGCCUCUCACCGUGGCACCCUACCAUCAGCCCGUCACUGCAAGUCAGCACUGCUCACCUCUAGCUCCUCCAAGGCUGGGUUGUCCUCUUUCUCUUUCGCGUGGCUUCCUCCUAUGCAGCUCUGCCUCAGAUUCAUUUCAAACUCUCCAACUCUAGGUAUCAAUUAGCCAAUGUCUUCACAAGAGCCUAGCCCCCCACUGAUUCAAAUUCCAAAUGAAUCAAGUGCAAGUAUUAUACCGAAUGCUGUUGCCACACCAACUUCGUCCUCGACUAUGGUUCUUCUUCCUCUUGCAUUAGAAAGUGGUACUGGUGAAGGUAAAAAAGAUGAUCAAGGACAUAAGCGGCCACUUACUUCUGAAGCAUGGAACCAUUAUCGGAGGCAAAAAAUUAAUGGUCAUUGGAAAGCUAUUUGUGUCUAUUGCAAUAAACAUCUUGGAGGUGAGACCAAGAAUGGGACAAGCCAUUUGCAUGAUCACACUCGGGUCUGUCCAUUGAAAUCUAUUUCUGACAUAAGGCAGACAUUUUUGAGAGCUUCAAAGAAUCAAGAAGGAAAAACAGAACUUGGGCAUGGACUUUUCAAUCAAGAGAUGGCUAGCAGGGAGCUUGCAUAUAUGAUUACUGCGCAUGAGUUACCUCUAUCAAUUGUUGAUCAUAUUUUCUUUAGAAGGUUUGUUGCUGCUCUCUAACCAAGGUUCAAGUAUGUUUCGAGAAACACAAUCAAGAAAGAUAUCAUGGGCAUCUAUCGUAAUGAAAAGUCUAAAACAAUGAAGUUGUUGGAGGUCAAUCAAAGUAGAAUUGCCAU